GUGGAGGAGGGAUUCCGGGGGUUCCCCAGCCUUCCGGACUUUACUGGGAGGGUGGCCCUUUCGUCCUUUGACAGCACGUCGAGUGCCGACUCCCAGGUGGCUAGUAAUUGGGCUCAGGUCGUAAAGGGGGCGAAGGUAAAGCGAUCCCAUGAGGCAGUCAUUAAGACCGAAAACAAGUUUCUCGGGUUGAGUGAGGACAAAAAGAAGCUUCAGGUGAUGAAAAAUCUUCUCCAGUUGGGAUCGGAGGCUGUAAAGGAGUUUCUCUCGGUUGCUGAGAAGCUUGAUGAAGGAUUGCUGGAAUCAGCGAGGAUGAAGUUGAAUGUCACCCAUGUGUCUGAGGAAGCCCUGGCCCCUUUUAUGACCAUCAAGAACUUAGAGCAGGAUGAAGAAUGGAGGUGCUACUUUGAAAUUUGCCUUCAUGGUGAGGCAAGUCCAAGGACACAGACUUCCGGAAACAUUCGAAUUAGGACAGUCUUGGGGAAUCCCACAGAAUUGCCUCAGGGUUUCUUCACUCAACCUUUUUGCAGUGCAAUAUUCUCCGUCAAGAACGCAGUAGAGGCGAAACUGUCUGCUAGGCUUGCACGCCCAUCAGGGCAGAUGCAAGAAAGGCAGAUUCCAACGGCUUUGAUCACAGAAGGCAUUCGAGAAGCUGCAGAAUCGCAGGAGUCCUCGAGGAAGAAGGCAUGA